CUCCUGUUGAUGGAAAGUGGGUUAAAUGUCGGUGUGUUCGUGCGGAGUCACGGUUCCGGACAGGCUCGGUGGGAUUAUAUAACCGCGAACCGCUCGUUGAACUGCUCCCCGUCGGCUCCCGUCGGCUCUCAGCGGUGCAACUGUCAAACGGUCGAAGGUUUGUUUGGGACACAAAAUGGGUGAAAGUGAGGAAAGUCCCGAAGGAGUCCGAUAUUACCGACUGACAGAGAUCGAAGAGCAGAACACCUUCAAGUCAACGUGGAUCAUCAUCAACAACAACGUCUACGAUGUGACCAAGUUCCUGGAGGAGCACCCCGGUGGCGAGGAGGUUCUGAGGGAGCAGGCGGGAGGAAACGCCACCGAGAGCUUCGAGGACGUCGGACACUCCACCGACGCCAGAGAGAUGGCGGCAGAGAUGAUGAUCGGAGAACUUCACCCGGACGACAGACACAAGCUCAACACAACUGAGUUCACACCAGUGACUACUUUAAAGGAUGAGCCCAGUUGGUGGUCGUCUCUGCUGAUUCCGACUCUCGUCGCCGCCAUCGUCACGCUGACGUACCGCAUCUACACCACCGACAGCGAGUGACCUCAUCAGACACUGUGACGUCAUCGUCAGCAGCCAGCCUCUGAUUGACAGCUGCAGCGGCCAAUGGCAGCGCAGAUAGACGGGGGCCGACCCGGCUGCCGCUGAGGACCAAUGACCUGCUGACUCGGCACCGGGAACCAACCAAUCACGCGGCAUUAUGCUAAUGAAGUCAUUCCGGGUGUUUCCAUUGGCUCUUUAUGAUCUAAAGAAAGCAGCGGAUGUUUUAAUUUGUUGUGUCUUUUUAUAUCUUUUAUUGUAUCUGAAUGUGAACGUUUGAAUAUGCAAUCAGCAGCUAGCGGAGCAUCGUGGCGCCCUCGCACUAAACGCCACCCGUAAUGCACAUUAUCAAUAAACUGAUUAUUGGAGGAUGA